GUUUAUAUAGCACCAGGAUUAACUACCAAUCGGACACUGGUGAUCAGAAACAGAGGACCACCGAGGCAAUAUGCUGAAAGACGGUGAUGUUAACUUGCUUCUGAGGUCCAAUCUCCCUGCAAAGCCUUUUCUACCUUCUUUCUCAACUCCACCACCGUCACAAUGAAGUUCUCCAUUGCUGCUGUUGCCGGUCUCCUCAGCGCCGUUAGCGCUGCUUCCCUCCCCGCUGCCUUUACCCUAGUUGCUGAGGGUGGCCUCACCGUCCUGACCGACGGAGAGUACCUCUACUACGGCGGCAACGGCACCGACGCCAACAAGGACAUCGCCAUCUUCCACGCCACACCGGACACCGGCGCCGUCUCCUACACUGCCAAGGACCAGACCCCUACCGGCUGGCAGAACCUGUACGUCGUCGAGAAGGACACCGCUGCCGUCGGUCUCACUCGUCCUCACUCCGCUGCUGUCCCCGAGGGUGCCAGCACCAUCGACUUCGGUGUUAACGAGAAGGGUCUCUUCACCCACGGUGGUAACGCCUACUUCGCCGUUGAGGGCUACGGCGACAACCCCGUCAAGACCGUCUACUGGUACGGUCGCCACAGCUCCACCUACCGCGCUGCCGACCUCUACGUCAAGGAGUGCAAGGGUUGCUAAACGGGUUCGUCCAAGUCCGUCUUGCGCUCGUUCGUGUUGAUUCGGUGAUUGUAUUGCAGGCGCUGUAUUCGAUCUUUCGCUGUACUUAAUACAUUAGUAUUUAU